CCGCUUUCUCCUUCGCUGCCGUCUUGCCGACUUCGGUCAUGGAGUCUGUGGAUAAAGCCACGCGCCUCUUGCUGCCUUACUUGACCCACUGUUCGGUGCGGCGGAUGAUGCCCUGGGCAUUGAUGAGCUUCAUGGUGAUCGGAUCCCUUAUUAAAGAAUUAGUGCCGCUGGCUGCUACUUAUUUGAGUAACAAGCGCAACGUGCUCAAUGUCUAUUUUGUGAAAUUUGCCUGGGCCUGGACAUUCUCUCUGCUGUUGCCAUUCAUCUCUCUUACCAACUACAAUGUCCUCCAGAAUAUUUUGCCUGUACUCGUUCGCCUUUUCUCAUUGCUGGUUGGUACUAUCAUUUGGUAUACAGGCACAAGAACAUUUUUGUUCAUUCAGGACUUCACAGGCGGUUGUUACAAAUCAUCAUCCCUUGCUGUAGUGCUUCAAGAACUUUCCAGUGAACUACAGUGCCUACAAGCUGGUGGGAUAUGGCAACAGUUUGAUAUCUCAGGACAUUCCUUCCUCCUUUCAUAUUGUGUUCUAAUGAUUCUAGAAGAAAUGGCUGUGAUGCCCAGUGUGAAAUUCUUUCGGGGUUCUAGACUGCACACAAUGGUGAACAGUUUGUUCUUCGCACUGGCUUGUUUGACUUUUAUCUGGCUUUUCAUGCUUCUUACUACUGCUUUAUAUUUCCAUAAUUUUUGGGACAAGUUUUUUGGCACUUUCUUUGGUCUUUCUGCUUGGUAUGGAACGUACGGGUUUUGGUACAUGUCACCUUUCUCUCCUGGACUUCCUCCCCAAAGGACCCUUUAUUUCCCAAAACCUAAUCGUAGGCUAUAAAACCAGUUUGUUGAUCAGAAUCUGUUUUAAAGAAUAUUU